CUAUGCUGUGCCGCCAGAUGGAGCAGGCGCAGCUGGAUCGUCACACUCUCUCUCCCAUUGGUAAUUCCGAAGGAAGCUAGCCGAAGGAAUCGUCUGCUUCCGUCCUACGAGACUCUCCUUCUUUAGUCUCUUUGUGCGCGUCGGUUCCUCCAGGUAUUGUAGCUGUAUGCCUUCCUUGUCCAACCUCGUCACCUUGACAGUGUGCUCGCGAUUGAGCUCUUUUACAUGGCGGACUCGCACCACAGAAUACAACGCGGGAAAGAGCGAAGCAUGCUCGUCCAGGUCAGGCACGUUUUCACUGUUCUCGUAUUCCUGUACGAGCUCUGUGCAUGUGAGGUUCUCUUCGUCUUCCCAGGUUGCGUGCGAGAGCGGAUACCAGCGCCAUUUGAGCUUGUACUGCACCUUGCCGCGGUGCGUCCUCUUGCCGAUGACCUGCUCGACUUCGUAUCGAUCGCCACGCUCAAAUCGCUGGUCUGGUUGGACGUCUCUGAGGCUCGGAUCAUGUGCUAUCGGGUCGAAUGUAGCCUCCGAUGCUCUCUGCAUUCGAGCUGUCGGCACGGGGUCUUCCUGGAGGACGAACUCCUUCAAGACACUCUCUUGCCCAGGCGACAAAAAUGCGCCCUGAUUGAAGACUGUCUGCCUCCUGUCCCUCUUCAGGUCGCUUUCCUUCAUAUCAAUUCCGUCCUCUGGUGGUGGCGCUCCCUCGUCUUCUGGUGGUGGUGCUCUCUUCAACCGAUCGACAUUAAUGGUCCUUGCCUUUUGGUCGCCACACACACGGACCUUGUAGGUGACUGGUCCUUUUUUCUCCUGAACGAUGCCGACUGUCCGCCAAGGUGAGGCCAGCUUCCUGCUGAGACCCUUAGGCACUUGAUCAUUGUAUAUGCGCACUCUGUCUCCUUCCUGGAAUUGCCUUGGUGCAGGCAAAUCCUUCUCGCGCUCAGCGGCUUGCUGCCUCUUCUUGCUCAUCGUCUCACGAGCUUUCUUGUGGACCGCUUGAAGACCCUCUUUUAUCGCCUCGACGGCUUCCUUCACGUCGAUUGGCUCUGCGUUCCUCGCGACAAGCCUUGCCGUGCUGCUCGGAUGCACCGCUUCUCGGCCGUACAGCAUCUUGAAUGGCGUGAAUCCUGUCGACUCAUGCUCCGUCGUACGAUACGCGGACAAGACCAAGGAAAUUGCAUCGUCCCAGUUGCUUUGCUCCUUGUUGAGAUAUGGGCGCAUCCAAUCCUUCAAGGUACGGUUGAAGCGUUCGAUCAGCCCAUUGGCCUGCGGAUGCAUCGGUGAUGUUGUUGUGUGCUUGAUGAGCAGCUUGGCCGUCACUUCGCGCAUCGCCUCAUUGACAAAGUGCGAGCCAUUAUCAGUGAUUAUCUCAUCGAUCUUCCCGUGCCUCGCUAUCAUAUCCAUGAGCGCUUCGAUUACGUCCUCGCCAGUCGGGCCGGUUCCAGGUGCCUUCGAAAACGUGAAGACCUCUGGCCACUUGGUAAAAGUAUCCUGGACGGUGAGCGCAAAUGAGUUGCCACUCAGAGAGGUCGGCAGGGGACCGAUGAAAUCCAUUGCCACUUUCUGGAAUGGCCCUUCGGCUGAUGGUGUCUGGAUGCUCGCUCUCUUGCUUGCCAGCAGGUUCCGUUUGCCUUGGCACUUCUGACAUGCCUCUGUAUGCUUCCGAAGGUCCAUGUACAU